CACCACCACUACCACCACCACGUCCUCACCCUCCGCCUCGUGUCCAUGACAGCUGUGGCCACUCCUCCUCCACGCCCCGGCUUCGGCGCAGAGGACUUUGUGGGCUUCGAUCUCGGCGGUGGCGACGACUUAGCGGGCGGCAGUGGCAGCGGAGCCAUUUCGGCAGAGGCCGGUCCUUCUACCACCUCGUCAUCAGCCGCCCCUUCCCGCCGUCAGUCUCGCCACACCUCCCCCUCUACCAGCGGAGGUGGUGGUGGCGGUGGUCGCAAGCGCAAAUACGGCGAUGAAGCAACGAUGCCGCCGGACGAUGGCAUGACAAAGAAGGAGAGAGAGAGAGCAGCAGCUCGCGGCACGCCGUGGAGCAUCGAUGUCAAUUGGUCCACAGCACGCAAUGCAGCUCAGCAGCUCAACCGCGAGCUCAUCGCCUUCGAAGGGUGGCUCUCCCCGACGCGCAAGGAACACGCAUGCAGAGAGAUGGUCAUCGAUCUCAUCCGCAACGCAAUAACGUCGCAAUGGCGUGAUGCAAAGGUGCACAGCUUUGGUAGUCAGGAUACUGAGCUUUAUCUGCCGCAAGGGGACAUUGAUUUGGUCGUCGUUUGUGAAGCCAUGGAGAUGCAGAGGAGGGAGGGGGUACUCAGGAGUAUGGCCGCUUGUCUCAGACGCAACAAUCUUGCAACGGACGUGCAGGUCAUUGCCAAAGCAAAGGUGCCCAUCAUCAAGUUCGUCUGCACAUACGGGCGAUACCGCUGCGACAUCUCUGUCAACCAGGUGAAUGGCCUCCAAGCAGCCGACUGGGUGAAUCGCAUGCAAAGCGAGAUGCCCGCCAUUCGCCCCCUCAUCCUAAUCACAAAGCACCUCCUUCAACAACGCGGCAUGAGCGAAGUUUACACGGGCGGGCUAGGCUCCUUCUCCGUGAUCCUCAUGGUCAUCAACUUCUUACAGCUCCACCCAAAAGUCCAGCGAGGAGAGAUAGACCCUUGCUUCAACCUCGGUGUGCUCUUCCUCGAAUUUCUGGAGCUGUACGGCAAGAACUUUGGGUACGAUGAGACGGGGCUUACAGUGAGGGAUGGUGGGGGCUAUUUCCGCAAGUCGAAUCGAGGCUGGGUAGAUCAGGGCAAGCCGUACAAGCUCUGCAUUGAGGAUCCCCAGGCUGCGGACAAUGACAUCUCCAAGGGGUCGUACAACAUCUUGAGCAUCAGGUCGGCCCUCUCUGGCGCCUUCGACUUGCUCACUGCGGCCGUGUGCCAGCGAGGGAUUGACAUGGCGAGGGGGCGAAGCGGAGCGAACAGGAUACGGGGCACAGCCUCGCAGCAGCAACAUGUCCGUUUUGACCCCGACGAGGAAGCGCGCGCCGCCCUUCUCUCAGGCAGUCAGGGCUCCUCCUCAUCGUCAUCACGCAGCGACCGCGACCCUCAGUCCCUCCUGGGAAGCAUCAUCGGUGUGAGUCGCGACCUCACAAAGGCGCGCAAGGACAUCGCCCAGCUAUACGACUCUGGCGCUCUGCAGGCCAAGCUGGGUCGCUCUCCGCCGGGUAGAUCGCCCAGCCCUGGGCCAUCCAGUCGCAGUAAUAGACCGCCAGAGCCACAUUACCCGCCUCCCUCACCCGCUCCUCCCCCGCCGCCCCAGCCCCCACGUGAUCCUUCCACCGGAGAGAACGGACCGCGCAAUGGCUCGUCGUCCUCCUCUAGCGGGGUGGAAAGUGUUAUCAACAUCCGCGGGGCAGCGCGGUCCGCAUCGUCAUCUCGUCACAGUACCCCGCGAGGAGGGCGAAGGGAUCAUGGCGUGGGUCCGGCGAUCCGCAUCGACUCGAGCGAUGAGAGUGACGAGGAGACGGACUCGCGGUAUGCUGCUACGAGGAGGAGGCAGCCGUCGCAGCAGCAGCAGCAGCAGAGGCAGCAGAGGCAGAAGCGUCGCUACGUCAGCGAGGAAUCGGAUAGCGGCAGUGGGAGCGAGAUGGACGAGAGCGACGGUGGGGUGGGCGAGGGUGGCUCAGGCUCUUCACCGGAGGAGGGGCAGGUAGUCAUCAAGGGCAGCGCCACAAACGGCGCCACAUCCUCCGCGAGAGGCUUGAAGAGACAGCGCUCUCGCGACUAUUGGCUAAGCAAGACGUAUGCUACUACGGAGAGGAGCGAUAAUGAGGAUGAGCAGCGAGGGGAUGGGGCAGAGGAGAGUGAUGCCUAGCCGCUCCUGCCGGCGUGAAGAUUAAAGCAUGACAGAGAUUGGUAUCCAAUAUGAAGCAUGAUAGCCAUCGUGAAUGGGUAGUAGACGAC